GGAUUAUUUCCAAUUAUGAGACGGGAGGAUGCACACAGUGUAAGGGGAGGGACUUCCCCAUGGCCUUGGGUCGUCUCUGAUUUGUGGUCUUUAUGGAUUUGUUUGUUUUAUAAAGAGGGUCUGGGAGAAAGAGUCGGCGCUCAAAGAAACCCAGCCACACUCAAGAUGGUAGCUGCUCGGCCACGCCCCCAAUGGCGGAACCUCACGCUGGCGGAGAAGCGCUGCUUUCCCGAACGGGAGCUAAAAAAAAAAACCGGCGGAGAAAACGUCCGUCACAGGCCCGCCCCGCCCCCGAGAACGGCUAGGGCCAAUUAGCGGCGCGCAGGACGGGAGCUAGGCCAGGGGUGGAGGCUGCUGUUGCCGUAGCAACAACUAGGGAUCCCGGAGGCGGGCACGGCCGUGGAGAGAUCGGCCUCUACAGAUUUCUCGCUGCCGGGAAGGUGCUGGGAGAAGCGGGAGCCAGGCCUGGGAAGUCGGCGCCCGCGGAGAGAGGGACAGGGCGAUGGCUGAGGUGCACGUAAUUGGACAAAUCAUGGGGGCCACCGGUUUCUCAGAAAGUAGCCUCUUCUGCAAGUGGGGCAUCCACACAGGGGCUGCAUGGAAGCUACUGUCAGGCGUGCGGGAGGGCCAAACGCAGGUGGACACCCCCCAAGUGGGGGACAUGGCCUACUGGUCCCACCCCAUCGACUUGCACUUUGCCACUAAAGGCCUUCAAGGCUGGCCCCGGCUCCAUCUCCAGGUGUGGUCCCAGGACAGCUUUGGCCGCUGCCAGCUUGCUGGCUAUGGCUUUUGCCACGUGCCCAGCAGCCCGGGCACCCACCAACUGGACUGCCCCACGUGGCGGCCCCUGGGCAGCUGGCGGGAGCAGCUGGCACGGGCCUUCGUGGGUGGUGGACCACAGCUGCUGCAUGGGGACACCAUCUACAGUGGAGCUGAUCGCUACCGCCUGCACACGGCCGCCGGUGGCACCGUGCAUCUCCAGCUCGGCGUGCUGCUGCGCCACUUCGACCGCUACGGCGUUGAAUGCUGAGGGACUCUGCCUGCAACAUCUGGCCCCCAUCCACACUCUGGACACCUGAUGAGGGGCAGGAUGGUACAGUGGCCACGAGCAUGGGAUCUGGGGUCGGCAGGAACUGACUCCAGCCAAGGCAUGGUAUGGCUGCUUCAAACCAGUGAUUGUGCCUUUUGGCCCCAGUUUUCCCAUCUGUAAAAUGGGGACUGUGAGGGCGGGGUCACGGGAGCUUGGGAGAAGAGGCUGUGUAGCACAUGGGAGGUGCACAAUAAAGGAGAGCGAUUCUUA